AUGCCCGCAAGUACUGCGCAACUCAUCGACUUCACACCUUCUCACGUGUAUGGAGACUCUUCGGUGCCGAACUCUCUCACACUCGCUUCUUCUCACGGUUGGAUCUAUUCUCACACGGAUCCAAUCCUCUGUCAUCCACGUCACAAACCCAUCCAACAUGCCUCCGACUCAACUCAACAAACCAAAGCUUCGCGUUUUCUCAUUCCCUCUCUCAGGAGCACUCCGCGUACUCUUCGGCCUAAUCUUCCUUUACUGGCUUACACACUUCCCCCUGGGAGGCUGGGCCCAAUAAGCCUUCCGUUAGAGUACGGCAUCCUCAGAACUAUUGUCAAGUGGGUAUUGUACUCGGUCGCCGCAGUACACGCCUGGGAAGCUAGCACUGCGUAUAAGCUCAGCACGGAUCAUCGCGCUCCAGCCUCGGUCACCAUUCUUUACACUUUGUCGACUUUUAUUUUCGGCUUUCCCAUCUUGAACGAAAUGGACCGCCAAAUCAGGCGUUCCAGGACAGAGACUAUUUCGGCGAAACGGUCAUCUUAA